CACUUACGCUACUCCCUGCUAGUUGUAAUCAUGGCUUCCCAGUGCAGCCUCUCUACUUUAUUUCCUAUCCAAAGUCAGCUGGAUUAUGCUUUAGAUGACGCUACAACAGAGCAAGAAAAAGAAAAUCUUGUUUACGAGUAUUUGAAAAAGGUAGACAAACGAGAGGACCUAAAAAUUCCCGAUUUCCAGCCAGGUUUGGAGUGGCUGAAUACAGAGGGUCCUCUGUCUGUGAACAAGGAGCUUUCUGGUAAAGUUGUGGUGUUAGACUUCUUCACUUAUUGUUGCAUAAACUGUAUGCACAUCCUGCCGGACCUGCACCAGUUGGAGAAAAGACACUCUGUGGAAGAUGGAUUGGUCAUUGUUGGAGUGCACUCUGCUAAAUUCCCAAAUGAGAAGGUUUUGGACAACAUUCGCAGUGCUGUCCUCCGCUAUGACAUAUGCCACCCAGUGGUGAACGAUGGCGAUGCACAGCUCUGGCAUGAGCUGGAGGUGUCCUGCUGGCCCACUCUUGUCCUGUUGGGUCCAAAGGGGAACCUGCUCUUCUCUCUGGUGGGCGAGGGCCACAGAGACAGGCUAACGCUCUUCACAGAGAUGUCCAUGCGUUUCUAUGGAGAACAGGGUCAUCUGAAGUCUCAUGCGGUCGGAAUGAAGCUGUUAAAAGACUCUCUGCCACCCACGAUUCUCUCCUUCCCCGGAAAAGUCGCGGUGGACAACAGCAAGAGGCUGGUCAUAGCAGAUACUGGACAUCACCGAAUUGUGGUGGUCUCUCCAACAGGGCAGCUAUUACAUGUUAUUGGAGGACCUAAAAGUGGCAGACAAGACGGUUCCUUUUUAGAAGCAUCAUUUAACUCUCCUCAGGGUGUAGCAAUUAAAGGAGACACUGUUUAUGUAGCAGACACCGAAAAUCACCUCAUCAGAAAGAUUGACCUGUUGCACAAGAAAGUCUCUACUUUAGCUGGAGUUGGAGUCCAGGGUACAGACAAAGAGGGUGGAGCCAUGGGACCAGAACAGCCAAUCAGCUCUCCCUGGGAUGUGGCUGUAGGUACAGCUGGUGGUGAAGAAGACAAUGUUCUGUGGAUUGCUAUGGCGGGCACACAUCAGAUAUGGGCUCUGUUUCUGUCAGAUGGCAAACUCCCCAAAGGAAGUGACUCAAAAGCUGGGACAUGUGUGCGAUGGGCUGGCAGUGGCAGUGAAGAGAAUCGUAACAACGCAUACCCACAUAAGGCAGGCUUUGCCCAGCCUUCUGGCCUGGCCCCUGCCCCUCACGACCCCUGGAACUGUCUGUUUGUGGCAGACAGUGAGAGUAGCUCCGUCCGAACUGUAGCCCUGAAGGACGGAGCAGUAAAGUCACUGGUUGGUGCAGAGAGAGACCCACUGAACUUGUUUGCUUUUGGCGAUGUUGACGGUAAAGGGGUUGACGCCAAACUGCAGCACCCUCUUGGCCUUUCAUGGUCCUCUGAACAAAACCUGCUUUAUGUGGCUGAUUCCUACAAUCACAAGAUUAAGGUGGUGGACCCAAAGACAAAGCAGUGCAUUACAUUAGCAGGCACAGGAGAGGCUGGAGACAAAGUGGGGCCAGAGUUUAACCAGUCCAGCUUUAAUGAACCAGGAGGUCUCUGUGUGGCAGAUGGAGGCAAGACUCUAUAUGUGGCUGAUACAAACAACCACCAAAUCAAAGUCUUGGACCUGGACUCAAAGACUGUCUCUCUGUUUCCCAUCUCCACCGACUGCACUGAUGCCAUACCCACCAGGUCGUCUGGUCCUGCCAAAGCCCCUACUCUACCCAAGUCUGCUGCCAAGAAGCACAUGUCCGCGGUGGCAGUGAGCGCGGGCCAGACCCUCACCCUGUCCCUCACACUGUCCCUGCCAGAGGGAGCCCACCUCACCGAUGGAGCCCCCAGCUGCUGGACCCUCUCCGCUGAAGGGAAUGAGUGGCUUCUGGAGGGACAAACUGUGAUGGGUGACAUCUCGGAUCUGUCCCGGUCUCUGCGUGUCUCUGUUAAACUCCCUGUCACCAUGACGACCAAAGAGUCCAGUGACGGACCCAGCCUGAGCCUCAGUGUGUUUGUGUACUACUGCUUGGACUCUGGCAGUGCCUGUAUGAUGAAAGCUGCUUCGUUUACACAGCCACUCCACAUCAGCACCAUCCCUGGAGAGGAGGAGGUCACCGUGGCAUUUGCACACACCUUAUAGAUUCACAUAGUGUUGGUCCAUUUGCGUUGUCAUUUGAUGGUUUGAUAGAGUUGUGAGGGAAGACUGAAAUUAUUAACUGGUGUUUGAGGUGGGUGUGAGAUAAAUAUUCUGUGGCAUUUAUACAGGUACAAACUGCAGAAAUAAAUGGGAUAUUGGUCAACAUUUCAAAACUCUAACCAUACAUUAUUUAUUAUUCAUUGUAGAUUACAAUGAAAACAUAUCAGGUGAAUUAAGAUUAAUUAAUUUUGGUUUUAAAAAAAAACAAAAACUUUUUUUUGCUCCUGAAGUUGAACCUUUGAUCAAGUAUUUCAGUUGACAGUUAGAGAUCAUUGCAGCAAGCCUUACUUUUCAUUUUAUACUGUUCCAGUUUUUUUUAAAUUUGGGUUUGUAAAAGGGAGUGGGUUUUUAAAUAGAUGACUGAUAUUUAAAUAUCUCCACAUUUAAUUAUAUACAUUUUUGUAUCUAUUUAUUGAACUGUAUUCAGAUUUUUUAAACACAAUGUUUACUGCAACUCAAGAAAGCAUUAAUAGUAUUUUAUUAAACUGCACAAAAUAAGUCUAAAUGAUGAUGCCCAUAAUGGUAUUUAUUCAAAAAAUAUUCAUUUCAAUUGCUUGGAAAACUUGGGAAACAUCACUGUCUAAGGUUCAGUUCAAUCGGAAGUUGCUCAGAGCUAGCUGUGUAACUCAAAAUCAUCUCCAUUUUAUCAGGACUAUGCAUUAAGUAUUAAAUAUAGAAUAUAUACAAUGAUCAAUGAUCAAGAAUAACAUGACAACUUUGUGAUUUGUUUUUGUCUAAAACUGUAGUUCAAUGAAGGAUCAAAUUUAUUUUCACAGUUGAAGUUGUAUCUAAGUUAUGGCUGAACUCUAUAGCCUACAAUUAACUACAAUUGACAUAUAACGUGUUUCCAUGUUUUCUUUGACAUCUAUAAUUACAGCCUAGAGGCACACUUAUUUGCUCCAUUUGGGGGUGGUUAUUUUACUGGUAUUGAUUGAUACUGAUUAUUGAUUAUGUGUGCGGUGUAAUUAUUCAUAGAAUGGACCCUCUGUGGUUUUUCAUGAAAAGUGCCUGAUUUUUUUAGCAUCUUUUGAAUCGUUAUUAAAGACUAACCACAAAUUGAUUAUAUGUUCUGAGUGAAUACACUGACAUUUCAGUUUCACACUUGCACAAGAGAUGCUUUGUUGAACAAAGUUUAUUUUGUUGGUUAUUUUUUCUGUUAUCAUUUUCUUAACACAGCAUGACUUUGCCCUUAAAAGUGCCUUUAGAGUGGUUAAAGAUUAAAAAUAAUGUAUUUCUUUAAUUGUAAUAAUAAUAAUAAUAAUAAUAAUAAUACAUUUUAUUUUUGCAAAUCAACAGGUGGAUGCAGAUAUAUUUUAGGUGACCAGAAAAAUAAAAAAUAUAUAUUUAACAUUUUUUUUGUCAGCAGAUUACAUUGGCAAAAACUCAUAUACACUGAGGUAUACUUAGCUAUGGCCUGAAAAAAAUUCUAAUUUAUUGGCUUUCGCUUGUACUAAUAUAUAUUUUCUUAAUCCCAUUUUCCUGUUAAGGUAUUGUACUCCAACUCCUGACUCUAUACAAAUAAAUAAAACAGUUUCAACUAAAUAAAUAAACAAUUUAAAAUGUG